AAAAAUUAAAGUUGACAUCUCAAGCAUCAGAACAUGCCCCGGAUAUGGUGGUUUUGGCCGGCGGUCGCGGCGGCGCUAGCCUUCCGGCUUCUCCUACUUCCUUUUGCGAAUGAACUCAACCUCGGAUCUCGGCCUGAGGUCGCCACUCCUCUUACCAGUCUUCGUCGUUUGGCGGAGGGUUACUGGUUGAAACAAUCGUCCUUAUCCCCUUAUGCAGGCUCCAUGUACCAUGGUUCUCCUUUACUAUUGAUAAUUUUUGGGCCCUUAACAGCUAAAAGAGUUGAAAGUCAACCCGCCGCAGAUUUAUACUGCAGCUUGAUUUUUGUAUUUGUAGAUUUCCUUACUUCCAUGCUUAUUCGCGCAAUUGGUCAGAAGCUUGGGCUGACGAACUACAAAAUCUUGAAGUUCCUCAAACCUUCUGAGCUAGAUGAGAGUUCAGGAGGUUUAGAGGCUGCAGAUAUUGCAUGUCUGAUUUAUUUGUGGAAUCCUUUCACAAUAAUGACAUGCCUAGGGUCUUGCACAUCACCAAUUGAUAAUUUGAUGGUUGUGCUGGCCAUUUAUGGAGCUUGCUCUCGAGUAGUUCCACUGGCAGCUUUUGGGUGGGUUAUGGCAACACACCUGUCCCUUUAUCCUGCAAUAUUGCUCAUACCAGUACUUCUUCUUUUGGUGUAUGGUCCAGAUGCUCCUCCUCCAAAAUUAUUUGUGAAGGAGCAUUCCAAUGCAGCUGGAAGUUUCGUUCGUGCCUUUUCAUGGAAACCUAUUCUGCAAUUUGCACUUUGGGCUCUUAUUUGGUCCUGCUAUAUUUUGUUAUUGAGUUGCAUUUAUCUCAAAGGUUUUGAUGGUGCAUAUGAAAUGCUUAAGAAGACGUUUGGCUUUAUUCUUACGGUGGAAGAUUUAUCCCCAAAUAUAGGUGUUUUGUGGUAUUUCUUUGCAGAAGUCUUUGACUUUUUCAGGGAUUUCUUUCUAAUUGUAUUCCAUGUGAACAUAUUAUUUAUGGUUUGCCCAUUGGCUAUACGUUUGAUGCACCGACCAUGUUUUCUAGCCUUCAUCUAUAUUACAGUCUCAUCGGUGCUGAAAUCCUAUCCAUCCGUAGGAGAUGCCGCUCUGUACCUGAGUCUUCUGGGCCUUUUUGUUGUUGAGCUAGCAGAGAUGAAAUUUUCUUUUUUCCUGUUUUGUGGAUACGUUGGAGUCUCUCUACUGAGCCCGGUCAUGCACAACUUAUGGAUAUGGAGGGGCACUGGUAAUGCAAACUUCUACUUCGCUACUGGUCUUGCAUACGCCUGCUUGCAGACUGUACUUGUUGUGGAGGUUGUAAGUACAAUGUUGAAUCACGAUAGAAUGCUGAAGAAAAAGUUGAAGAAGACAUGAAUCCUCUCCCUUGAUAGAAAACACCCACCUUUUAUAUCUAUUUAUACUGAUCAAUGGUGAGUAGAAUUUGUUUUAAUCAUCAACAGAUUUGUAGCUGUAGAUAUUUCGUUGCAUUCAGCCCUGGAUAAGUGUGGGACUAUUGAGGAAUUAUGUCAUUGGAGUCUUAAUAGAUGGUUUAAGAACUUAGAAGUUUUGUGUU